AUGGUGUACGCCGGAAUUCCAAACCACUAUACGGGAUCUCCAUCCUCGUAUGUGCCACCGUCUUUGACGAUCAAUCAUGAAGCCACUGUGGAUUUAGACUCUACCAAUGCAUUCGAAGGGCCCGAAAAGCUCCUUGAAGUGUGGUUCACUGCGUCUCCGGAGGACCUCGCCAACUCCCCGGUACCAAAUGGACUCAAGGCUGUGUCGGCGGACACCUGGAAAGGCAUGCUCGACCUCGUCAAUUGCCAAGUUCUCUCCAUCGUUGAGUCUGACGACGUCGAUGCCUACCUCCUGUCCGAAUCGAGCAUGUUUGUCUUCCCUCACAAGCUGAUCCUCAAGACCUGUGGCACCACCACCCUUCUGCAUGGUCUCCCUCGCAUUCUCGAAAUUGCUGCUCUCUACGCUGGUUUCCCCAAGUCCAGCCCUCCAUUGGUCGGCGGCAUCACCACGGCAACUGCUCCAUACCGUGUCUUCUACAGCCGCAAGAACUUCCUCUUCCCCGAACGCCAGCGUGGCCCUCACCGUAGCUGGAGAGAUGAAGUCAGAGCUAUGGACAAGCUCUUCUUGGGCGGAAGUGCCUAUAUGAUCGGCAAGAUGAAUGGUGAACAUUGGUACCUGUACAUUACCGAGCCGUUCACCUCAUUGACACCUCCUGCAUCUCCCUCCCACGAGACCGAAACCAGACAAAUCAACUUCCCUGGUUCUCUCGAGAACGGUGUCGGAGGAACCAAGCAAUGCGAGAGUGACGAAACAUUGGAGAUAUUGAUGACUGACUUGGACGAGAAGAAUUCCAAGCAAUUCUACCUCGACCAUGCGAGUGCGGUCGCAGAAAGUCGUUAUCGAUCUGAACACGAAGAAGACGACGACUUUGUCGACGUUUUCAGCAACACCUCCUCCAACAACAGUGAUGCGGGCUCCCCUCUUCCCUCGGAGCUCUCAAGCGAAGGCCACGCCCUCGGUACCGUCGUCAGCGACUCCUGUGGACUAUCCAACAUGUAUCCCGCCGACAAGCACCCAGGCUCUCGAAUCGACGCCUACCUGUUCUCCCCCUGCGGCUUCUCAGCUAACGGCGUCAUCCCUUCCAACGAUGGCAAAUCUGGCACUAACUACUUCACCGUCCACGUCACACCUGAACCCCACUGCUCCUACGCAUCGUUUGAAACCACCGUGCCCCAGGAGCAGACCGGCCGUGACACCGCCGAAAUCGUCAGCCAGGCCGUAGACAUCUUCAAACCAGGCCGUUUCACCGUCACCUUGUUCGAGGCCAAGUCCCCCAAGGCCAACGCAGAGGAGCUCGGUCAGUCCUUUGAAGUGCGCCGCAGUGCUCGCCUUGCCUCCCGUCGACAUGGCAAAAUGGAGAGCAUCCCUGGAUACCGCCGCGUUGACCGUAUCGUCCACGAACUCGACGGAUACGACCUUGUCUUCCGCUACUACGAGCGUCUUGACUGGCGUGGAGGCGCUCCACGUAUCGGAGAGAACUACCCCUAA